AUGAGAGGUGUCCGUCAAUUUCAUUCUUCCAAAAGAGCGUUACAAUCUCUAAUCGAUAAGCAGAAGUUCCAAGUUACUACUUACUCCAGACCAAAUGACUUAAUAUUAUCCAGAGGAAAGAACGCUAUUUUGUACGAUGACAUAAAUCACAAAGAGUACAUUGAUUUCACUGCGGGAAUUGCAGUGACUGCGUUGGGCCAUGCUAACCCUGAGGUUGCGAAGGUGAUCUACGAACAAAGCAAGAAACUAAUCCAUUCUUCCAACUUAUACUACAACGAUAAGUGUUUGAAACUCAGUGAGACUUUGGUGGAAGCCACCAGAAAGUUUGGUGGUCAACAUGAUGCCUCCAAGGUUUUCUUGUGUAAUUCCGGUACAGAAGCUAAUGAAGCAGCAUUAAAGUUUGCCAAAAAACAUGGUAUUCUUAAGAAUCCAUCCAAGCAAGGCAUCAUUGCUUUUGAAAACUCGUUCCAUGGUCGUACUAUGGGUGCUCUUUCUGUCACAAGUAAUCCAAAAUACCGUGAACCAUUUGGUUCUUUGAUACCAGGCGUUGAAUUCCUUAAUGUCAACGAUGAGUUGAACAAAUUGGAACAGCAAAUUUCAGCUCUAAAAGACAAGGUUGCUGGUCUAAUUGUGGAACCAAUUCAAGGUGAAGGGGGUGUGUUCCCAAUUCCCGUUGACACCCUGGUUGGGUUGAGGAAAAUAUGUAAUGACAAUGAUGUCGUUGUUAUAUAUGAUGAGAUUCAAUGUGGUUUGGGCCGUUCUGGUAAGUUAUGGGCCCACGCAUACCUACCAAAGGAAGCACAUCCAGAUAUUUUCACAUCUGCUAAAGCAUUGGGUAAUGGCUUCCCAAUUGCAGCAACCGUAGUCAACGAAAAGAUCAACAACAUAUUAAAGGUUGGUGAUCACGGAACUACUUAUGGGGGCAAUCCAUUAGGUUCCGCUAUUGGAAACUAUGUCGUUGGUACAAUUGCACAAGAGAAUUUCUUAGAGCAGGUUUUGCAAAAAGGUGAACUCCUAGUUAAUCGUUUGAAAAAGUUGCAAGAACGUUUCCCAAACCAAAUCAAGGAUAUCAGAGGGAAAGGUCUAAUGAUUGGUUGCGAUUUUGUGGAACCUCCAGCCAAGAUUGUGGAGGCUGCGAGAGACGAUGGGUUGUUAAUUAUUACUGCAGGUAAGACUACCGUUAGAUUUGUCCCAGCCCUAACGAUUGAGGACGACCUGUUACAAAAGGGUCUAGAUAUCUUUGAGAAAGCUGUUGAGAAAGUGUAUCUCUGA